ACACUAGGGUAUAUGUGGAGCAUCCACCCCAUGACCAUAACAAAAAAGUGGACAGCACAGACGAACGCCAACACAGAAACCACCUUCGACUCGAUGAAAGCUUAGUGCGGUCUUCCGCAGCACAAGAAAAUGGCAUCAGCAGCUAUAAAUUCCUAAUGUCACCAUCUUCCCCUCAAUUUUCUCGUUUUCUAUUCCAUUCUCUCGUCUUGUUCAAGCUUUUCUUUCUCCGCUCAACCUCCACUUCUUUCAUCUCUCUUCUUAAAAUCCCAACUCUUCUUCCUAAUGUUCUUGAACCCAUCGAUUCUCAAGUCCUUGCCACUGUUUUCAAUCCCAUUAACCCUCGUUUCGAUCUCACCUAACCCUCUGCAAUGCAGGGAAAGCACCAGUGUUGGUUCACCCACUUGAUCAAAUCCGACCCAUCUGAUGCGAUCUUCCUCGGAGGCUUGUUUCUUGAGGACAACCUUCCUCCUUCCUUCAUUUCGCUAAUCUCUUCUAAAUGCUCUUCUGGGUCGGCUUCAUUUUCGCCUUCUCACAGUCGUCGCAAGGCUCUCAACUUUCAAAUCCUGUGUCGGCGAGGAAGGGGAAUUUCCGAUGGGGGCGGGUGCGGAUUUUUAUCAGUGAGCUUGUCUGCAAAUGGGAGUGGAGAGAAUGGAGAAUAUAUCCAGGACUCGGACGAAUAUUUGGGACAAAAUGGGAAUAAAGGUUCGGUGGAGAAGGCUAUCCAGCAUGACGAGGAGGAAGAAGAGAGGGAUCAGAAAGCUGUAUUGGGAGGAUCUGGUGCUAUGAAUACGACCAAGCAUCUCUGGGCCGGAGCUGUCGCUGCUAUGGUCUCAAGAACUUUUGUUGCCCCUCUUGAGAGAUUGAAGCUGGAGUACAUAGUUCGUGGUGAGCAGAAAAAUCUUAUUGAACUAAUCAAGACCAUAGCAGCUUCUCAAGGUCUGAAAGGUUUUUGGAAAGGAAAUUUUGUCAACAUUCUUCGCACUGCUCCUUUUAAGGCUAUCAAUUUCUAUGCUUAUGAUACGUACAGAAAUCAGUUGAUGAGGUGGUCUGGGAAUGAGGAAACCACUAAUUUUGAGCGGUUUCUUGCCGGUGCUGCUGCCGGGAUUACUGCAACCGUGCUAUGCAUUCCUAUGGACACUAUCCGGACUAAGAUGGUUGCACCAGGCGGGGAAGCCUUGGGUGGUGUCAUUGGUGUCUUCCGCCACAUGAUCCAAACUGAAGGCUUCUUUUCUCUCUACAAGGGUUUAGUACCCUCAAUUAUAAGCAUGGCACCAUCAGGUGCAGUUUUUUAUGGUGUUUAUGAUAUACUAAAAUCAGCUUACCUAAAUUCACCAGAAGGAAGGAAAAGAAUCCAAAAUAUGAAAGAAGGUGGUCAGGAGUUGAAUGCUUUGGAACAACUAGAAUUAGGUACGAUGAGAACGCUACUGUAUGGAGCCAUAGCAGGGGCAUGUGCUGAAGCUGCCACAUAUCCAUUUGAAGUUGUGAGGAGGCAGCUCCAAAUGCAAGUUAGGGAAACAAAGCUGAGUGCAGUUGCGACUUGUGUCAAGAUUGUUAACCAAGGGGGUGUCCCUGCUCUUUAUGCAGGCUUAAUUCCUAGCUUAUUACAGGUUUUACCAUCAGCUGCAAUAAGCUAUCUUGUGUACGAGUUCAUGAAGAUAGUCCUUGAAGUAGAAUCUUCGUGAAGAUCUAUGAUCAUUUGAGUUUGGCCUUAGCAGUGGUUCUGAGCAAAGCUUCCACAGGCCAUGAAAAUAGCAUUUUAAUUUGUCAUUUUAUCUUGCUUUUUCAGUUUGGGGCGGCUGAGGCACUGGUGAUAUUUUUCAAAACAGUGCCCACAUAAAAGAGUUCCAAGUUCGAAUGGAGUGAUACAAUGUUAAUUAGAAUGUCAAUAAAAUAAAACAGUUCAAAUGGUA